UGUCUGGUGUCUUAUGUAGGCUUGAGGUAAAUAACUAUUUUGGUAAUAAUUAUUAAGGAAUAACGAACUUACCUAAUUGCAUGUCUAAUGUAUUUACUGAAUAAAUUAGGGUUGUUUUCAUUUAAGUGUAGGGAAUCCUUAGAGGAGGUAAAAUGUUUAAACUGGUGUUUUUAAGUGUUGUUAAUUACACUUAGUACUGACUUCACAAAAAUAUCUUCGUGAAGGAUGUGCUGUGGAAAAUCGCUUUAUUGAUAGAAUCCUUCCUUGUUAGGGUGAUGAGGAGAACAGAUGUUUGCAGCAACUUUUAUGUUUCCAAAAUGAAAAGAAACCUCAAAACACUAUGGCAAUAUCUGUAUUUACUACCAGUAAAUGCCUCUUUCUGGUGCUUCCCCUGAUACGUGUGAUACACUUAGAGAACUACCUUAAGCCAGUGCUGUUCAAGCUCCAGCCUGUACUGUCUUACGUGUUCAGUGAUGGUGAUUUGUGUUGGGUUUUGGUGGAGUUUUUAUAAGUGAAAAAUUCUCUUCACCUGCUUUACAGCAGACCCUGUCGCACUGUUGUUAGUUUACCAAAAUAUGGAAAGCUUAAACAUUUCAGUAUCCACAGGGUGGCAGUGUUCAGAGGAGCAAAGCUGGAGCCAGUUGGUCCACUGCCUUUUUUCCCAAAAGCUGCAGUUUGAGGUAAUGUAAUUAAUUACAGUGUUGGGGAAAGGGGAGUGUUUGGGAGGCUUGGGAUCCAAACAAGAGAUACAAGGCUUACGUUAGGAGUACUAAUCAGAUUAUUAAGACCUCAGAAAGUCAGAAGGCAGAGUUAAGAGCAGAACCUUGCAUUGCUGCAGUGGAAGUCGCAGACCAAUUUUCUGCCUACAUGUGAAGAUAAAUAAAUUUUAGCCUCUGACUUUAUUGAGCAGUGGAAUUAGGUCACCAACAGAAGCAACUCAGAUGUUCCCCUCUUAAUGUCAAAGCUAUGACAUUGAGUGCAUCUCUCAAGUUGUUGAGUAGCAGAACACUGGUCUGUGAUAUUUAGAUAGUCUGUAACCAUGCAGAUGGUAACUCUUUGGUCACUGUUCCUCAAUUUUAAUAAAAAUAACCAAAGAUGUGGAGGUGAGAUGGUAUGUUAACCUACUCUUUCAGUAUUUUUAAAUAGAAAAUUAGCUUUUCAGCUGAACUUGAGGGAGCAGAUAUCUAGAAAAAGACCUUUAAAAUAUCAAAAGAACAAAAGUUAAUCCAUAGUACAAGCUAUUCCAGGAGCAACAUUGUUGGACCAAACUGGAAUUUUAGGAUUUUAGUGUUGCACUGCCUGGUUUAGCUAGGAGUAGCAGCUCUACAGAGGGAAGAAUAGCAUGCUGAAUCAAAAGGGAUAGCUUGAGAGAAGUUGACCCUCUUUCUUUCUCUCCCACCACUGGAAGUGGAAUAGCCCCUGGUUGCGUGGGGCCUUUCAGCCUGGGAGAGCCAUUUGCUGGAUGCGUGGAGACUUGAACAAGGAUAUCCCUUCUAUGUUUCUUCACAGAAUGGUGUCUUCAGGUGGAUCACAAGCAUUCCCAGACAUGCAUCACUUUGAGGAAGAAUUAACCUGUUCCAUCUGCUAUAGCAUAUUUGAAGAUCCACGUGUUCUGCCCUGUUCCCAUACGUUCUGUCGGAAUUGUCUGGAGGGUGUUAUUCAGCUCUCGGAAAACUUUUCCAUCUGGAGACCCCUGAGACUUCCUCUGAAGUGUCCGAACUGUAGGAGUAUCGUUGAAAUUCCUGCCUCUGGGAUUGAAUCCUUGCCCAUCAAUUUUGCGUUAAAAGCUAUUAUUGAAAAAUACCAACAGGAGGAUCACUCUGAUGUUGCAACCUGCAGUGAGCAUUACAGGCAACCCCUGAACGUCUACUGUCUUUUGGAUAGAAAACUGGUAUGUGGCCAUUGCCUUACGAUAGGCAAACACAACGGCCACCCCAUAGAUGACCUUCAAAGUGCCUACCUAAAAGAAAAGGAGUCUUCUGGAAAACUUCUGGAGCAGCUGACUGAUAAACACUGGACCGAUGUAUGUUUGCUCAUUGAAAAGCUGAAAGAACAGAAGUCCCUCUGUGAAAGCGUUGUUCAGGAGGAUAAGAAAGCAGUAGUCCAUUAUUUUAAGAAACUUACCGAUACCUUGGAGCACAAAAAACAAGCUCUGCUGACGGCGCUGGAUGACGUCAACGCGCACAUUUUGGAAGAAUAUGAGCCUCUCAUUGAGAAGUUGAAAAAAAUAAGAGAAGAGCAGCUUGAAUUAAUGUCACUGAAUACAUCUAUUCAAAAAGAAGAGUCCCCGCUUAUUUUUCUUGAGAAGGUGGAUGAUAUGCAUCAACGUAUAAAAGCUUUGAAACAGAAACAGCUGCCGGAUGUUAAACCUGUGGAGGUUUAUCCGAGGGUUGGGCACCUGUUGAAAGACGUGUGGUCUAAAACUGAAAUCGGUCACAUCAACAAGAUCCUCACUCCAAAAAUAAAACUGAUUCCAAAAAGGAAGUUACGCAGCAAAAGCAGUGGAAAGGAAGGAAGAGAAUCUAAAGUGCUCCUCCAGGCUGUAAAUCCUUUAGCAGUCCUGCUUCUUUUUAUCAUACUGAGUAGUAUCUGUGGGAGUUCUGGUGAAACGCUGCACACAGGUGUUUACUGCCAGCUAAAAACACGUAUCAGAUGGUCGCUGACUCUGUUUGCUACUUCUGAGGAGAUGCUCCAGUCUAAACUGUGCUCGGGAGUGGAAUCCCCAGAGAGAGCCCCUGUUGGCCUUCAGUUAGGAGCAGGCUGAUUACAGCAAGUACCAGGACAGCCUUGGAGAGCUGCAGUUCCAACAGCAGAGCACAGCGUGAACUUUGGGAAGAUUCUCUCUAAUGGAUGUCCCCAGAGGACAAGCCUUGUUGAAAAAAAUUGUGUUGAGACCCAGUGGGGGAAGAGACUGCAGUUUCCAGGUGUCCAAGCAGCCUGCAGGGAACAGAGCAAGUGCUGAGGUACCAAGGUGGCCUCUGAGAGCACAAACCAGAGUAUGCCUCUUCAGGAAUGUCUCUUGCAGGUGAAAAUAAUGCAUUGUUCCCCCCUCACCUUCCCCAGCUCAUUCACCGAGGGGUUACCCUGCCCUGCACCUCCUCUUGCACUUCAGCAAAAAUUCACAGACCCCGUCUUAGCGUGAGCUCAGAAUUUUUUGUGCUUCCCAUCACCUGCCCUCUGCAGCUUCCCUUUCUGCAUUACACACCUUAUAGCAAAUUAUCACAGUCUCCCCCAUCCCCUUCAGUUUUCCAGACCAGCUCCACGCUGAUGAUUUCAGGGGAGGGUGAGGGUCUGGGUCCAUCACACGGGGUUUAGCUGUGCUGGGACUAUGGCAACAAAAGCAGGAUAAACUAACUCAGGUUCUGUGUAUUUCUGUCUGGAAACAGCCAAUGGCAAUGGGAACAAGGCCCAGAAGCAGAAGGAGCUGCAGCCCAGGGCUGCUCCCAGCUCUUCUACCCCCAGCCUUCUUCCUGAGCAGCAGCACCAGUGCAAGUGUGCCAGGUACUGCCCUGAUUUUUGGAAUAAAACACACAGUUUCAGUUCUUAAGAUACAAAAAACCCCUCAGAUUCAAAGCAGAGACCUGUCUGUAAGAGGGUAGUGGUACCUAACCCUGUCUGUCAGGAGGGCAGAAGCCAGCAGAUGGUAACGACUGCCUUAAAAACCCAGAGUGCACAAAAACGGC